AUGACAAAAAAACAAUAUCUUUACGGAGAAGUUGAUUAUACUUCUUUGGUUCAGGCUCGUAAUACUUUAGAAAAAAUAUUCCAAGCGGCUCACAGUGAAGCCGAAAAAAUGGGAACGAGAAACAUUACUGUUCAUGCCUAUCGUAAGGAAGUUUUAGAUGAUUUAUUUGCUAACACUGCCAAAGAAUUCUUACAAGACUUAGAUUAUUUGCUAACUCAACUAGAAAAGCAAGCCCCAAAUUAUGCUCCAACUAAAAAGUAG